AAGGGCCCAAUCUUCUCCUCUCUCCCAGUCCUUCUUCUCCUCGGACAUUCGCAGAAUACCACGUCCCUGUCAAGGCGAUUGUUCGCCACGUUGAUGGGUGAGACGCGACACCAACGAUAUAAACACCUCUCUUCCUCCCCAUCUUCGUCUCAUUUCUCAAUUCUUUCCACGUCUCUUUUGAGGCGCAUGAAUCCCCACCAUGAACUACGGACCAUACGCCGUUCCUCCGCCAUAUCCUGGCACAUCUUAUGAGUUUCGCACCCCUCCUGUCUCCCCUCCCCCAGGCGGUGCGCAGUACUUUUCUUCUCCUCGGUACAACGUCUAUGCCUCGACUCCUUCUCCUCGCGGCAAAUCGUCUGCUCACGCCCGUCGCACGAGCCAUGAUCCGGCAUCCGGCUACCACUUUGCACACAACUACGGUUCACCCCGAUACGCGAGCUAUGCCGCCAACUCACGGCCGCGCGAACCUGAUUAUGUAAGUGGCAGUUCAGAUCGUUUUCGGCGUUUCCACCCGCGUCGAGCCACGGCAUCAUGGCGACCAGCGACCGCUGCGGGAGGGACAUACCCCGGCUACUGGCCAACAGCAGGGAUGGGGGACUCUCCUCCCUCUACAACCAAAGCGCGUUACUAUCAUGGCUACUUUGGCACACCCGACUACGUCAACCACGUCAUUAUCGACGACGACAACGUCUACCGGGACUCCCCGCCCCCGCCUUACGAACAUUAUCAAUAUCACGGGCGAGCAGCUGAUCAUCCCCCCUUUGGUUCAACACAGGUGCCCAUAUAUGAAUCGACUCCUCAACACGCAUAUCCUCCGACUGGCCAUGACCGAUCAGCACGCGCACGCCGUGCAUCCCAUGGAGCAGGCACCGGCACCCAGGCACGGCCUUAUACUUCACAUCAUGCCUCAACGCCGACUCCGAAGAGCAAGGGAACUCCGAAGAAAGAGUCGCCCAAGGCCACAGAGGAAGACGCACGACGCGCGGGGAUUCCCGCCGGCUACUCUUUAAAACACUGGGACCCGACCGAGGAACCGAUCCUUCUCCUUGGGAGUGUCUUCUCGCCCGACUCCAUCGGUCGGUGGAUCUACGACUGGACCGUCUUCCGCUUCGGUCCCGCAACACCGAUGGCCGACGUCGCGGGAGACCUCUGGCUCCUCCUGAUCCACCUUUCCGGUAAGGUGAAGCGAGCAGACCACAUCAUGCCGCGGAUCCGCCGGGAAGAGAACCGUGACACUGUCGAGGAAUUCCUCGAGUCAGGCGACCGCCUCCUAGUGCGAUUUAAGAAGCUCCUGAAGAUCUGUGAGGAAUACAUGUGGCGCGCCGCGAAGCGGGAAAACGGCGAGAAGAAGCCGUCAUCCAUGGGACGCAAUGCCGGCGUCGAGUUUGUGGAUACCAUGUUCGGACGCGAUCGCGAACUCGAUAAGACGGAGAAGCUGAUGAGCUCGGUCCGUCUUUGGAGCCUGCGUUUUGAUGCCAACGUGGACGAGAUCCUACGGAAUCCUACCGCUUAGACGAUACCCACUGCUUUAGCGAUGAAUGGACUUCUCGGAUGGGUUGGGAGGAAUAGACCUGGAAUAUUAGGUCCCACUGUAUUCGGAAUCGGACGAUCAACUACUUCAUCUUCUCCAUC